AUGGACAAUCAAAAUGCGAGGAUCUCAGGUUCCAUUUUGACAGCCGAAAACUUUCAAAAUGGGAAUGAGCUCUCACGGGCCACUUCUCCCGGCGGGGAGCCUGCCGAAACCAACGGAGUCAACGCAGAUCCUGGCAAGAAAGCACGGGUUCGACCACGCACGUAUCCUUACUUCAAGUACUUGCCAUACCAGGUCGAAGACGACAGCGAGAGGGAGCGUAAUCUUCAUGAGAUCCUGAAAUGUCUGUAUGUCGCGGUGAAGGCGGGCGACUUCAGCCCCGGGGCCGUACACUGGACACGCGAGCUGAGAGGAUGGUUGUCGCUCAAGUUCGAUCCUACGCGAGAGGAAAGGAUAAAGCUGGUGAAGCUGUAUUAUGAGCUUUCCCUGGCUCCGGGAAUCGACCCCGGUGUUUCAGAGAGAUUUGCAAGCAUGUUCAUGCUCCUCACCAAGCGGAAGCAUUAUUUACGACCGGUGAAGGAUCUGAUUUUGGACUGGAGGCCUCUCUUCAAAGAACUGAAGACUUUCGUCCUACCGACGGAGUCGGGCUUGGUGCACUCGACCAAUCUGAAGCGCAACAUCAAGACGCUGACCAAGAUGUGCGCCUUUGCUCAGCUGUAUUUCGAUCCAUGUGAACUGCCCGCGAUGCUUGAGGAGUUCCUCCCUCACUUUACCACAUCCUUCUCGGAGGGCGCGUUUGUCGUGGUCGGCUUGAUGAACCUGUUGCUUCCCACGUCCCCAGCACCGGAGUCCAGAGAAGAUCUGCGGCCUCAGAAUUAUCUGCCCACUUACUUCCAUAUUUGGUCUCUCGUCAACCGGUCCAAGACGUUCGACAUGAAUUUCCUGGACCUUCUUUCUCGGCUGGCCCGAGACUCAUUGCCCGUGUCGUAUAUUCCUUUCUCGGAGUAUGGCAUCUUUACCAAAGAACAGUCAGCACUCGUCUUCACCGCUAUCCUACGUCUGUUGGAGAUCCCGGUCGGACAGGCUACCUCCCCGUAUAGCGCUGUCGUCGACAUCUCCUCGGGCUUGGGUAUCAUGCUCGAUCGCGACUCGCGUAAGCACCCCGUCACCCACCAUAUCGCACGGUGGAUCGUGAUGUCUCUAUCCCCGGCAUGCCUGGAAGCGGAAGAUUCCGUGUUGUCCCAACUAGAAGGCCUCAUCCAGGCGGUGGAGACAUUCUUCCAUCCUUCGAAUUCAGGAAACUGGACGAAGACGCUAGCGCAACUGGUGUACUACCUCGCUGACUUCUUCGUUAUGCGCUGGAACCGCGAACACAGUGGGGAGAUGGAAGUGCCCCCCGAGCGAAGAUUAAAUGAGGCUUUGAGAAAGCGCUUCGUCCUGGCCUUGCGUGAUGUGAUAUUUAUGGGUAUCUAUGCUAAAAGUGGGACUGCAAUGAACUUUUCCCUGUCUACCCUACAAUGUCUAGCAUAUCUCGAGCCCCAUCUCAUCCUUCCAGGCGCAUUGCAAAGAAUCUACCCGUCUAUGCAUGGCCUAAUCGAGGUCCAUCGGACGACAUCCUCCCUGAGAUCACUACAGGUCUUAUCCAGAAUCAUGGCCCGCACUAAAGGAUACCGUUGUCAUCUCACAACCCUCAUGGGGCUUGCAUUACCCGGAAUCGACCCCAACGACCUGGAGAAGUCCUUGUACGCCCUGUCUUUCAUCCAGUCUGUCUGUUACAAUAUUCCUUUAGAAGACUUGACGAAAGGACGUGACGACGUCAAUUGUAAUAUGCUGGCGAUGCAAUGGGUUACUGGGGAGCUGGAAAGGAUGGAAGCGGAAGGCGUGGAGGUCAAGCUGAAUUACGACACCGAUCUGAGCGAUGAGACGGAAGAAAUGAUCCUUCGAUCAUCCACAACCGGCUUUGGAGAGUUCUUGAUCUCUUUCCUUGGCCGUGUAUUCACGCUCCUGGAGAACUUGCCGGAUUCCACACGGGUACGGAGCGGUUCUCCCGAGGAGAACGUUGUCAACACCCUUCCGGCAACUUUCAUGCCUUUACUUGCUGCCUUGUCACCCGAGCUUUACGACACAGCUCUGAACAAGAUAGUAGAAUUUGUCGCGAACCAUGUGAUCCACCAAGCUCGAGACGCGAUGGCCUUCAUCUGCAAUGCUGUUUGCAAGGUGAAUCCCGAAAAGGCUCUCAAACGUUUCAUACCUAUGCUAGUGCAGGCGAUCCGCACUGAAAUCGAUGAAAACGGCGCUGCCUCCACUAGAACUACGGGCACUGAUGUUCUCCCCCGGGAUCGGGCUCUCGUUUGGAACGUCAGCAUGCUGAGCAUGUGUGUUGUCCACGUCGGAGAUGCAGUUCUCAAAUAUAAGCAAGAACUCUUUGAUAUCGCCGUGUACAUGCAAGAGAAGUGCAAAGGCAUUCCAACGGUCCACAUCUCGAAUUUCAUUCACCACCUGCUCCUUAACCUGACCGUUACAUACACCAUAGAUUAUUCCCUUUUUGAGCCUCAAUCCGUCAAGGACGGUGUGAAGAUCGAGCAUUGGGGUUAUAGGCAAGAUCCUCAGAACCUGACAAUCAAAUGGCAUGUGCCGAAACGCGAAGAGAUCGAGUUUGCUGUCGCCCUUUUUCAGAACCAAGCAGAAACCGCUCUCGAUCAACUUACCGCCUUAACCGAUGGAACAUCCAGUGUCAAGCGUGAUGGAAGCGGGAAAGAGUGGUCCGACGAGGUGACCAGGAAACUUGUGCUACUUCGACUUAUCAUUUCUGGCAUCUCAGUGCUCUUUGACCCCAAGGCAGCUUCCAAGGUUAACAACAACAAUGGCUCAUCGGGCAUACCGAGCGAUGUCGAAAUGGUCGAAGCUAACGGGUUUUCAUCUGAGAAUAACAAUGGAGACAACGAAGGAGAUACCUCUCUUCUCGACAGCUCCGAUGAUGCAACCGUUAGGGAGACGUUCACCUAUCCAACGGGGUACCCAUUGGAUGAGAAUGAUCCCUUAUAUGCUACUAUACACAAUAUUAGGGAGCGUGCGGGCAGGGUCCUCCAUGAGGUGCAUCGUUUCCUGACGGAGAAACAGGAAGAUGACGUACCAUGCUUCAGUGCUUUGUAUACAGCAUAUCGGUCCUGGUUUAUCGAUGUUGGUAUGGAAAGAUCGGCCCACGUACUGGAUCGGGUCACGCGACUCCUUGCUGCGGACAUCCAGCCAUAUAAGGUCAGCGGCAUUCGGAAAGACUACCCGCGGCCGCUGCUCGUGCGAAGGGCCAACGUCUAUCAUCUGCAACGCUUGCGGCACAAUGCUGCUCCCAGGCCGAGGUCUGAGCUCGACGAGAGGUUGCUUCUGGAUCUUGCAGAGUCAUGUGUUUCCCUCUAUACAGACAUCCGACGCAAUGCCCAAAGUGCUGGCGAAUCUGCUUUGAAGGCCGUUUGGGGCUCUCGUCUUCUCGUCAUACCUCCAUUAAUAAAGGCUUUGCAAAAAGCUGUUGCGGAGAAUGAUUAUCCGCGGAUCAAAGGUGCAAUAUAUUCUCUCUUGUUCGGCAGCCUCUCGAAGACCGUAGGACGGCACUGGAAGUAUACCCCGGCCUUGAUCAAGGCCUACAUCGAUGCUAGCGCAGUCGACAAGCCUUCAGUGCAGAAGUUAUGCUCCUCAGCCGUUUACCUAGUCAUGGACUACGGUCGUCCGAUGGAUAGAAUGGCCGUUCUAGAUCAAGAUAUUGUCAAUUCAAUUGCGCCGGCGGAAGACGUGGAAGACAAGAUCGAACAGAAGCGCAAGACGAUUAACCACAAGCGCAUCAUGAUUGAGAAGAGAAAAGCUGAGCUCGCUGAAGAACUUGUGAAUUUGGCUCGAGCAUCUCACUGGAAAGUAGCCAGCCGGGCUGCGACGAUCGUAGUGAGUAUCGGUCUGAGGUUCGAUUAUGUUGCAAGCGAGAAUUUGGUGGACCUCGUUACCCUGGGAUCCAUCGAUAGCCAUCCGGGUCUUCGCGGUAUGUACUCGCAAGCGCUCAUCGCUCUAUUCACCAUGAUCGAUAUUCGGGCCAUAUGCAGUCAUAAUUAUGAGAAUUACAUCCUGGGUAAUCAGCACUUCCCCGCGAGGAUCCAGGUCGCUACCAAACGUUAUGAGAAAGGUUGGACAGAAGAGUUUCUGUCCAACUUCGCCAAACCAGAAGCCGAAUAUUACAUCGAUCAUGACUUUCCAGGAUGGCUUGUAUGGCCCGAGAAGAUGCCAGCCUACAAGGCCAACCUUACAAAAGACAUCGAAUACGAUGAGCUGGAAUGGAAAGUUCGUAGCCACAUGGGCAAGCACUUCACCCGAGAAUGGUUCUCGAAAUUCUUCAUGUAUCUCAAGCAGGAGCCCCGGGACGUGUCGGCGGACAAGUUCCGGAUGGCUUGCUCGAUGAUGCUGCUGUACGUCUUUGAACUGAUGUUCCGCGAUGGGCUCACGGCGGCCACAUUUGAUGAGGUCAAAGAAGAGAUCGCGGCCGUAUUCGAAGAUGGAAGCGAUAAACACCAGCAUCGGGCAACCGCGGAGAUUCUCGGGGCCUUGAUUGGCUCUGUAACGGACACCGACGUGGAGAAGAGGUCGAUAGUUUGGGAGUACGCGUUCCCAAUGGUCCAGAAGAUCUUUACCGACAUGUUGACUCCGGAGAAUUCUGGCUAUUGGACUACCUUCCUUCACAUGAUUCUGCAAUGUCGGGAUCCGCGUCGAGCGUGGCCGUUGGUCGACUGGCUUGCGAGUUUCAGGCUAGAUAUGACGUCUAACGCUGCAUUCAAAGAGAGCUCGAAGAUCAGCCUGCUACAUCAGUGCAUCAUCGAUGCGGGUUGGCAUUUCCAGCUGGAGAAGCCCAUUGUUGAAGAUUUCCUGGCACACCUCGAUCAUCCCUACAAGGGUGUCCGCGAGGCAAUGGGGCAUACUUUGGGAUCCAUCUAUCGCACGAGAUAUCACGAGUCGCACGCCGACGUGAACAGUCUUAUUCAGGCGCAGAAGUCGGCCUCUUCUAUUGGCACAUUCCCCUACGAGCCGUCGGAAAGUUUCGGCAAGAUGAUUAGGGAAGUUUUCGACAAAUUAAGACAAUGGCGGCAUGAACGGGAGCCGGGCCAACAGACACCGUCUUCAUACACAUCUGGCAGCAAAACGGUAUUACUCUGGCUGGACUCGACCCUUUCUUCUCACGAGUGCACCCAACUUGUGCCGUUCUUUGCGGACGUCUUUACCGAAGAGCUGCUGCACAUGAUGGACAUCAAAGAGGAUCCUGAGUUGCAAUCGUUGGCCUAUCAUGUCUUCCGCCACUUGCCCAAUAUUCCCUAUCCGGCUGAGCAGAACUCUCCGUUCAUCGACACUCUUAUCCGAAUCGGGCAAACCUCGCCGUCGUGGCACCAGCGACUUCGCGUGAUGAUCAACAUGCAAAUCAUCUACUUCCGCCGUCUCUUUUUGCUGUCUGCAGAGGAUCGAGAGAAGUUAUUUGAGUGUGUCGCCAACAUGCUCCAGGAUUCGCAGCAUGAGGUCCGAGCCGGGGCUUCAGCGACUCUGUCCGGUAUGAUUCGCUGCUCGCCAGUUGCACUCCGAGACGCCGUCGUCAAGAAAUUCCAGGAGCGUUUCACCAAAAUCCUCAUCGAAAACCCUCUCCCUAAGAAGCCAAGGAAUCACGUGGGCCGGUCGUCAGCCACAUCUAGUCGAACAAGCACUCCCACUCCAGAACAUACUCGACUCAUUAUCAUUCGACAUGCAGCCGUGUUGGGUCUGGGUGCGCUGGUUCAGGCAUUCCCGUACGCCAGUCCACCGCCGCGGUGGAUGCCGGAUGCCUUGGCUACACUCAGCACGAAGGCGGCAAAUGAUCCUGGCGUUGUUGGGCAAAGUGUCAAAUCUAUCAUCAGUGAGUUCAAAAAGACAAGACAAGAUACUUGGCAUAUCGACGCAAAGGCAUUUACCCAGGACCAGCUCGAAGACCUAUCUGGAGUCCUCUGGAAGAGCUAUUUUGCCUGA